AUGGGACUCUCAGGACCCAAGCAGAAGCAGCGGCUGGUCGGCUCAGCCAGCACGCGCAACACAGCAUGGCUCAACGAUUCUUCCGCACCCGGACAGCGCAUGCUCGCGCAGAUGGGCUGGUCUUCCGGCCAGAGUCUCGGCCUCACCAUGCCCGGUCUUACGGAGAACCUCAAGGUGGCUUACAAGAUGGACAACAAGGGUAUCGGUGCUCAGCGUCAUGAACGAGAAGCGAGAGCGAAUGGCAAGGAUAUUUGGGUGGGCGGUGGUGGUGAUUUGGGGAGCUUGUUCGAGCGUCUCAAUGCUGCUAAUGCCGCGUCUUCGUCGUCCUCGGCGGUGGCAUCCUCCUCGUCCUCGGCCGCCGGUGGUGAGGAUGACGAUGACAAGAAGUCCAAGAAGAGCAAGAAAGAGAAGAAGGAGAAGCGAGACAAGAAGGAGAAGAAGUCCAAGUCGAGCGACGAAAAGUCGAAAAAGAAGCGAAAGCACGACGACUCGGACGAUGCCUCCGAAGACAAGGCCAAGAAGAGCAAGAAGGACAAGAAAGACUCGUCCGAAUCCAAGAAGAGUAAGCGAGCCUCGGAGAAGCAAAAGGCUGACGUCGUAGCAGCCGUAGCUAGCGCUGACCCGGCACUAGCGAAAGACCAAGCAGCAGUCGAAGAGAUCAAGAAGGACGUCGUCCAAGGCAGGCCGGUACGGAUGGCACAUCGAGCGAAGUUCCUGCGAGCCAAGCGCAUGGUCUCGGCGAAUGAUCUGGCAAGUGUCAACGAGAUCUUGGGAAUCGCAUCGACUCCGGCUUCCUCUGCAGCUGCAUCAGGCACCUCGACUCCGACAGUCGCAUCCAAGACAUACCCAGGACCAGGAGGUAGCGAGAUCCCAUUGAUGGACGUAGACCGACGCUUGGAGGCAGAGACAGGGCCAAAAUUGGAUUCGAACUCUUCAGAAGAGGACACGAAGACUAAGAAGAAGGAAAAGAAGGACAAGAAAGAAAAGAAGGACAAGAAGAAGGACAAGGACGGGAAGAAGAGCAAGAAGGCAUCGCCCACAGACGGCACGACCAACAUCAUCGCCAGUGACGACAAGGCCGCAGUGGAAGCGGCUGAAGCCGAGGAGAAAGAGAAGGCGACACAGAUUGGCGUCAACUCGCAAGGCUUAUUCGUCUUUGAGUACCUCAACCGUCGUCUCAUGAUUCGCAAGGCGCAAAUUGCGAAGAAGAAGAAGGCCGAACAGGAAGCCAUCUUUGCACGUGCUGCGCGCGUCGGCGCCUAG